AUAGGCUGCCUGUGCCUCGACAACACAUUCAAAAACGGGCUGACACUAGGCUGCCGACCGUGGACGGAGAACAGAAGAGCACAUUUCAUCCCAAAUAUAAUACGAGGAGUUAGUUUGAAACGUGAAUAAGAGUCUAACGUUUGUUCUCACUUGACCUGCGUAGGCUACACUAUGGAGAUCCAGAGCGUGGAAUAGAGACGGACGGAGUAGCCUACCACAUCUAAACCGAUGAUGAGCGGGGUUACCUCUGCCACAGGCUCGGCUUCGUGCCGCUUCGCUCAGUACUUCGUUGUGUGUGGAUUGGAUACGGAGACUGGUCUAGAACCCGAAGAAUUAACUGGUGAGGGCUUUGAGCAGAGCCCCAUCCGGAGGUCCUUCAAGUCCAAGGUUCUGUCCCACUACCCUGAGAGCACAGACAGGAGUCCCUUCAACAGAGAUGCAGUCAACAUGCUCUGCAUGCCGCGGGGCCUGUCGUUCCGUAGUCAGGCGGACAGCCGUGACUCCCGCUUCCACUCCUUCACGGUCGCUCGGGACGACGGCACACACUCCUACGGCUUUGUGCACAUGUACUACGAGGAGGUGACGAGCGCCCAGAUCACCGCGGCGAUGCAGACCCUCCAUCAGAUGCACCAUGUGGCGCAUCACUCCACCUCUUCUUCAUCCCGCUCUACUUCCUCUGCCUCCUCCCCCUCCACAUCCAGCAUGGACUCUCUGGUGAGCAGCCUGGACGAGUCGGAUGCUGCUUCCCUGGCAGAGCGUCCCCUGUUGGCUUGUUUGGGCUGCACAGCGGGCUCCUUCCAGCCGGCCCGGGACACCCUGUAUGUCUCCAAGGCCCUCUGCCUCCUGACACCCCUCCCCUUCCUCCUCGCCGCCCGCCACUUCCUGUCCCAGCUGCACCAGGCGGUGACAUCGCACGCCGCCCCGCCGCUGCCCCUAGAGAGCUACAUCCACAACAUCCUGUAUGAGGUGCCCGCGCCGCCGCCUGGUCGGUCGCUCCGGUUCCACGGGGUCCAGGGGCCGAUCGUGUGCCAGCAGCCCGGCCCAGAGGAGCUCCCGCUGGGGGACUACCCACUGGGAGAGGCCUUCUCACUGCUAGGGGUGGAGAACCUGGUGAGGCUGCUCACCUCCGUGCUACUGGAGACCCAGAUCCUGCUUUACUCACAAGACUACCAGCGGUUGAUGACUGUGGCAGAGGGCAUCACCACCCUGCUGUUCCCGUUCCAGUGGAAGCAUAUCUACCUGCCCAUCCUGCCCGCUCCCCUGCACCACCUCCUGGAUGCACCAGUGCCCUUCCUCAUGGGUAUCCAGAGGUGGGACGGCGCCCAACGCUCCACUCUGGAUCUGUCCAAUGAGGCCAAUCUGUGCUUCGUGGACAUUGACAACCACCGCGUGGAUCUACCCGAGGACCUGCCCCUCUUCCCAGACCAGCUGGAGCUCAUCCAGGAACUGAACGAGGUGCUGCUGCGCUUCGGCCUCCAGCCAUACGGGGGCUCUACAACCACCAAGCCCGCCCCUGUCGCUCCCCCCUGCCUCAGCAGCCUCGUCCUGGAGGACCUGAUGGAAGACCGGCGCAACGGGAACCUAGGAGGGGAGGAGUUGGCCGUGCUGGAACGACUGCAGGCACUGGCCAGGAGGUGUGGAGGAGGGGGGAUGGCGGGAGGGAAGACGCUGGGACGGGCGUUCGAGGAGGAAGAGGAGGAGCUGAAGGCAGCCAAGAUGAACGUGCAGCUGAGGGAGGUGUUCGCGGGGCGUUUCACCUCCAUGUUCGGGAGGUACGAAGAGUUUGUGAUCCACAGCGCUCCCGACCUGGAGUCCUGGCUGGGCAACCGUGAGGGAACGAGCAACUUUGAUAAGGGUUCUUUCCUGUCGGUGCAGCCCGCCACACACCUACACUUCCUGUCUCGGUUCCUGGAGACGGCCAUGUUUUCAUCGUUCAUAGACAGCAAGGUGUUGUCUCGCUGGGCAGACCGGGAGCCACUGCAGCGCGUGUUCGACGGGCGCUUGGUGAGGGAGCGCCUCUACAACACAUUCGAGGACGAUCCUGGCAACCGUCACUACAGGAAGUGCACAGUGCUCCAUGAGUCAGUCCAGGCCAUGGAGCGCAGGCUGCUUAAGGCUGACCACACGGCCAUCCACCCCCACCUGUUGGACAUGAGGAUUGGCCAGGGCCGACACCAACAGGGCUGCUUCCCCAGGCUACAGGCUGAUGUACUGGCACAGGGACACCACACCAACAAGUGGUCAAGUCGUAACAUCCCUAAGAGACCAGUGACUACUGAGACCACCUCAGGACUGGACAAUGACCAGAGAGAGAAGUUCUCUCUGGGGAGGAGGAGCCUAUGCCAGUCUAAGCUGCUUGACCCCUCCCCCUCAACUGUCACUCAAACCCAGUGUGGGUUUGUGGAGGGGCUGCUGAGGGAGUGUCGUGUGAAGACCAGGCGUAUGCUGAUGGAAAGGAUGGGGAAGGAGAGUGUGGAGCUGGGGCAGGGCGAGGCCAACAUUACAGGCCUGCAGGAGAACAGACUGAUCCACAGCCUCUGUGACCUGCUGGAGAGGACCUGGGGCCACGGGCUACAGCUCAAACAGGGGAGGUCGGCUCUGUGGUCCCACCUGCUCCACUACCAGGCCAACGAGGAGAAGAUGGAGUCACCUUCAAAGGCCGAGUCUCCAGUGUCCAAUGGGUCGGACAGCAGGAGGCUGGAGGAGGGGCUUCCACCGCCAAAGGGCUCCUUUGUACAGGAUAUGAGGUUUGUCCAGACCAUGAGUGGGGGUCUCAGUGAAGUGGGUCAGGCCCGGGCCUGGAUUCAUCUGGCCCUGGAGAAGAAACUGCUCUCACAACACCUCAAACUGCUGCUGGCCAACCAUGACCUGAUUAGGCAGCUGUAUAAGCCUUAUGCAUUCCUGCUGUGUGAGGAGGAGAGGGAGCAGUUUCUGUUCCACCUGCUGUCGCUCAACACUGUAGACUACCUUUGCUUCACACGCACAUUCACGUCCAUCAGCAUUCCGUACCGUGUUGUCAUAACGCCCAUGAAGAAGCUGAGCAUUGCCAUGACAAUGUCCAACCCCUGGGUGUGUGUUUCUGGCGAGCUGGGUGACUCCGGGGUCAGGCAGAUCCCCAAGAACACACAGGAGAUCUUCUUCCAGUGUCAGAACCUGGGCAGACUGAGCACCCUGCAGUUGGGCCAGGAGAACUCUGGCCUGCUGGCUAAGUGUCUGGUGGACUGUGUAAUUGUGCACAAUGAGAUCACUGGACACACCUACAGGUUCCCGUGCGGCCGCUGGCUGGGGAAGGGUGUGGGCGACGGAAGCCUGGAGAGGGUGCUGAUUGGUCAGCUGGUGUCGCCCGGAGGAGAGGAAGAUUCUGGGAGGUCGACGGGGACUCCCCCAGAGCAAGGCUCGCCCCCACAGAGCGGGCGCACGGGGAGUCUGGGGGCUCUGGGCCGCAGCAACAAGCUCUCCUCUGUCCAGGUGCAGGAGGAUACGAGGGAGGCAGUGAACAACCUUGUCAAGCACUUCCACAAAGCAGAGCAGGAGAGGGGGAACCUGACUGCUCUGCUCUGUGGAGAGGGGGGGCUGGUGCGCUCCCUGGAACAGUUCCUCCUCCACGGCUUUAAGUCCUCGCGCCUAUUUCAAAGGAGUGUGUUCAUAUGGGACUUUGUGGAGAAAGUGGUGGUUUCCAUGGAGACUGCAGAUCAGAUGGGUGACCUGCGGGAGUCAACAGAACUAUGUGACUCGCUGUGUCACUAUGCCAACGCCAUCAACGCUUCGCCACGGAACAUCGGAAAGGAGGGCAAGUUCCAGCUGCUGGUCUGCCUGGGAGUCAGGGACCGGCUGCUGCCCCAGUGGCUCCACCUAUUGGCCCAGUGCCACCUGACGGCUGUUCAAUACGAGAAGUCAGCCCUGGUCCGGGAUCGUGCCGCCGUCCACACUCUCUCCCGUGUCCUCCACACCCUCCACGAGUUCCCCAUCGCCCUGGAGACCGCCCUGGUCAAGGGGGUGGACCUCUAACCUCACUGCCGCUGAGGACAUUGGUGAAAUGGCGUUUUAACCCCUAUCCACAGACUGCGCAACGCACACAGGGUGGCUGGGCCUCAAUAGUGUCGUGACAGCCUCUCCAUGUGUCCUCUCCUUCGGUUCCGCACCGAUCAUGACAGGUGUAAGUAAGAAGUGUGACACAAGCCCAUCAUUGGAUCAUCACUUCAAUCCUGUCAGAUCUAGUGAGGGAGAGGACACGAGGACAGGAAGUCACUUUAGACAAUUGAGACGCAGCCAGCAGCGCCUGCCUGGUCAGAACUGGACAGCUGAACUCUCACGACAAGAGAGGAAGUGACAAUGGGAGACCUUUUUGCUGAUGUGAAUCUAGGAGGGGAUGGAACACCAGACAAGCCACUGACCUGGCAGCUUCUGCAGGCCUAUUAUAUAGCCACAGCAGGCCUAUUGCCUCAUUUGCUGAUGCAUAUGUCAUAUCCAUUGAAGUUACAAUGACAUGCAUACAUACAUACAACUUUCAUUUUCUUCCCCUCGAGUUUUAUUAUUGGAAUGUGAUACAAAACGAGGCAACGGUGUGCUUUAGGACCAUGCGGACGCCUCCGAGCGAUCGAGUAGGCUGUUUGGAGUGUUUAUCCAACUGGAUAAAUAUAUAUAAUUGUCGCCCUCAGUUCUAAAACGAAAGUUGCGCCCCUACGUACGUACAGGAAACAGUGUUGCAUUUCUUAUUUUCCUCAUUUACACUGUGAUCUGUCUCUUGGAGUGAGGCGGAGUGAUUCCCUUAACCAACCAGCUUUGAUGUCUCAGCUCACACUGUGAAGGGCAAGGGAGAAAAGAGUUGUGAUGAACUUUGACUCCACCUACCUGUCCUGCCCCUACUUAACACAAGUCAUAUUGCUGUUAUGCUUGCCCUUGGCAUAUAAACCUGACAUGCAUGGCCAUAUCAGGGGUGUAUUCACUAUGGACCAAACAGCCCGAAACGAGGAGGGACUAAACUGAACGCUCGUUAUCGUUGCAAAACAUUUUUGCUAUGGUUCGCACCGGUGUGCCCUAAUGAAUACACCCAAUGUUUUUCCUCUCUCAGUGAUGCAGUCUCUAGCUACAGUUAUUCUGCUGCCUGAUUGUCUGUAUUAUUAUGGUAUGGACAUUGUGAAUGGAUUAUUUCUAAACUAAAAAAUUCUGGAGAUUAAGGAUAGUUACUCUGCUCAAACUGGUGUAGAUUUUUGUUCGCCAACACUUGAUAUAACUUUCCUGAAUGAACCAUCAUAAAUGCUUUAUAAACUAUAAAUGUUAUAAAAUGCUUAUAAAAUGUAAUGCUUAAAAAUACUUUAUUAAUAGUUUAUGAAUGCCUUUCAUGAAUGUUGAUGUGAAAACUCUGUUGAAAUUGUCUCUGUGCAGCAGUUGCCUGGUCCUGUACAUCAGAGGUUUUAUUUGACUGACUGAAGCCCUAGCACCACGACUCUUCUCAAUGUUCCCUGACUCGGGCCUGUUUUUGUAGGCCUGUCUGUUUAUCGUUCUAUAGACUUGUUGCCUCCUACAGGAUCAUUCUGGCUUUGCUGACAAAAAUAUAGAAAAUAUUGGUUUGAAAUAUUGAAAAUGGUCUUUUGUCAAUUUAAAAUGUAACGUUUUUUUUAUACUGUGACUAUUUGAACGUUGCUUUGUAAGACGUUGUCCUUCAGUCAUACAAUGUUACCAUAGACUUUUCAGUUGAUAGAGAGAACCCCCCCAUUUGUCUACAUUUCUGUUGACAGACAAUUGCAUUUUGUUAUCUAAAUGUCAUGUUGCUUAUUUAAUUGUAAUUGCUUGGUCAAAACAUUGAGGUUUUUCUUCGAAAACAAGCUUGAUAUUAUAUUGAUAUUACGUUUAGCUUUUUUGUUGAUAAGAUGGAAAAUGUCAUCUCCUGCACUAUCCUUUUUGUCAAACCCGCAAUGAUGAAGUCUUGCUUAUUAUUUGAAAAUUGAUAUUAGGCUAAGUACUAAUCUACUAUUUUCAACAUUUAAUUAAUUGUGUUAAAGAUUAAAGUCUCUGCUAAGAUAUAAAA